AUGGAGCGAUUUACGGAGGAUUAUGUGCUGAAGAAUUUGCCUCUCAUCGUGCGUGAUGCUGCUAGGCCUGAUGGUGGAUGGCCUUGUGUUGAGAAGUGGAGCAGCCGAUAUCUCAAGGAGCAUGUUGGCCAUGCCAACAUCAGGGUGCGUGCAAAGCCCCAGCAGGAUGGGAUGUUUGGUGAUGUAGGGCGCCUUGGAGAAGGAUGCAUCCAUCUCUACGACUUUGAAGAAGUGAACUUUGGCGACUUCCUGGAGUCACUUGACGCAUCGUCACCAGCAUACUAUGGUGCAAGGUUGCAGGUGCAGGAGGACCUGCCAGAGCUGGUUCCCGACAUGCCAAACUUUUACGAGUUGCCAUGGCGGGAAGCCUUUGGGGUGCCAUACAAGGGUGGCAUUAUUGCUUACUUCGGAUCUGGGAAGCAGUCCACACCGCUGCACUAUGAUCCCCUGGAGAAUCUCAUCUUCAUGGUCCAGGGCUCAAAGACGUUUCUGCUCUUCCACCCUUCCGACUCUGCAAACUUGUACCCCAGCACCACAAACGUUGGGACGCACUACAGCUUGGUGCCGUCGCACAGGCUCUUGUCCGACCAAACCGAUGCUGAGGGCUUCGAACUUGUCCAAAACGCAAGGUGCCUUCGGGUGACGCUUCGCCAAGGAGAUAUGUUGUACCUGCCCAUCUGCUGGUGGCACGCAGUUCAGGGCUGCGAGGGAUCGAACGUGAGCCUGCACUACUGGUUUGCGCAGUCCAGGCUCAAAGAGGACUACGACGUGUACAAGAGUUAUCUGGAAGUGAAAUUCGCGCACUGGGUGGAGCAGCUGGAGACAAUGGACUUGCCAGGGGGCGUCAUGAGCGAGGGGCGGAAGGAGGCGAAGGAGAUGAUUGAAGCCAAGCUUAAGGAGAGACAGGACUUCUCUUGGGGCUCAUGA